AUGGAGGAGACGCUGAAGCACAGUGCCGUCGCCCACAGGGUGUUCCCCCAGAGUUCUCCGGGUUUCCGGGCGAGUUCGUGUCAUACUCCUCUCAUACUCCUCUGCUCGAUGGGCUUGUUCCUAUUCGGCCUCUUCCUCGGAAACGUCGUGAUCAACCAAGCCAUAUUUCCUCACGAACUCGGAGUCAGCGAAAGCAAUACCCCAUGGUUGAUUGGGUCCUUCCUGUUGGCUAACGGGAUCGCCGUCAUUGUCUCCGGGUCGCUGGCCGAUCUGUCGAACCCGAGGAUUCUAAUGAUCCUGGGCUUCGUUUGGCUCGUCAUCUGGGAUAUCGUGGGGGGUUUUAGCAUCCGCCCCUCACUGUCCGUGCUAUUCUUCGUGGUCAGGGCCAUGCAGGGGCUAGCUAUUGGUGUUCUGCAGUCAACGUCGAUGAGUCUCCUCGGGCGGGUGUACUCGCCUGGGAUUCGGAAGACAAGGGUUUUCUCGGUCAUGUCUGCAAUGACGCCCGUUGGAUUUCUGAUCGGGUGUCUCCAAGGAGGCGCUCUCACCGCACACCUGCCGUGGAUCUUCGGGAGCAACGCUAUAGUGUGCUUCAUCUGUGCAGUGGCAUCGUUCUUUGGUAUCCCCUCGUUUACCCCAAAGCCCGGUGUCUCUGGUACUCAGCUAUCACUCAAGGACUUCGAUACACUCGGUGCCCUCCUGGCUGCAUUUGGCUGCGGCCUGAUUAUCCUGGGUCUCACGCAAGGUGUCCCCAGCGGCUGGAACCCAUACACAUACUCCCUGAUCAUCGUCGGAGCGCUCUUUCUCUUCCUGUUCUACUUGGCCGAACGAAGAGCGUCUCGACCAUUGAUCGAUAACCGGCUCUGGACCACCCCCGGCUUUCUCCCACUGGCGAUUUCCUAUUUCCUCGGAUACGGAGCAUACGUCGGCGGAUGGAUGUUCUUCGCCGUGCGUUUUCUCACAAUCCAGGGCCACGCCCCUAUCACCGUUGCUCUAUACUUCAUCCCCAACAUGGUCUGUGGCGUCCUAGCCACAUACAUCGUAUCGAAGACCUUGCAUCUCUUCCCCGGACACUGGAUCCUCAUCACCGGAAUGGUCGCCAACACAAUGGGCCCUGUAUUCUUCCUCCCCCAGACGCCAAAUACAACAUACUGGGCUCUGUCGAUGCCGGGCAUCGCCCUCGUCACCUUCGGACCGGAUCUAACAUUCGCAGCCGCGUCGAUCUUCAUCACAUCCAAUGUACCCCGUUCCUUCCAGGGCUCGGCGGGGAGUCUCCUAGUGACUAUUCAGAAUCUGUCCGCGGCCAUCGUGACUGCCAUUGGAGAUACGAUCGGGAAGGAAGUUACCAAAGCGGGCGGCGACGGGUAUAAUCUGGACUUGGGGGCUUUGCGGGCGAUCUGGUGGUUUAGUUUGGCGAUUUCGCUCGCGGCGGCGGCGGUUUGUGCUGGAUUUGUUCGCAUUCCGAGGAGCGAGGAGAAGGACCACGUGGAGUGA